CGCACUUCGCUCUAACGCAGCUACAUGCAGGAACAGGAAGUUUGGAAACGGGAAAAAAGUCUCUGAGAAGGUAGAAGAAAAUUGGGGUUUACCUUGAAAAAUGAGCAGAAUUUAUCACAACACGUCCUUACAGAAUAAACCGGUGCACAGUGAGAGGUUUGACCGUGUGUGGUGUCUCUCUUCAUAUGAAAGUGGUCCUGGGGUCCUUCUAGAAGGGAAACUCAUGGAUGUUUCCAGACAUUCAAUCAGUGACACCAACGGCCAAAAGGUACGUUUCUACGUGCUGUACAUCAAACCCGGACGCAUCCAUCAGAGGAAAUUUGAAGCCAGUGGCAAGGAGGUGGAGCCAAACUUCAGCGACACCAGAAAGGUCAACUCAGGCUUCCUCAUGUCCUCCUACAAGGUGGAAGCCAAAGGAGAAUCAGACCGUUUGACUGAGGAUCAGCUGUCGCACAUGAUUAACAAAGCUGAACUGGUUAAAAUCACAGACAAGCUCCGACCCGCCGGGACCUGGGCCUUUUGGUACCCAGAGUCAGAGAUGGAGAAAACGGAGUUGGAAACGGGACAUGAAGUCCGGCUGAAGACCAGAGGAAACAGUCCUUUUAUUUUCUCUUUGGCCAAAGUGGACAGCGGGACAGUGACCAGGUGCAACUUUGCUGGAGAUGAAAAGGCUGGAGCCUCGUGGACCGACAAGAUAAUGGCCAACAAAGCAGAUGGCAGCAGCUCUCAGAAGCCUGGAGGAGGAGGAGCAGCAGCAGGAGAUGGAGCAGCGGAGGAUGAAUGGGAUGAUUGAGGACCCCAUCUCUUGCCGUCCUGAUCCAUCCUUUGGUUCUGAUCCAGUCUUCAGGGCUGUGCUGGCUUGUUAAACAGGUUUAAUUAUUUGGCUUAAAGCUGAAACUCUUGUACCACUUCUGAAGUUCAGGACUGGAAUGAUUUUUUUUUAAUUAUAUAUAUUUAUAUAUAUAUAUUUCUCUUUAUUCUUUGGAUCAAAUGCCAAUGAAAAAUGGGACUAUCACAGACGAUGCAGGUUGCAAAAUGCUAUUCAUCACUGUUACAAAGUCUCUUCUGUUUUUCUCGACCUCUUAUUUUUAAAGCUUGUGUCCCAGAAACAGUUUAUUUCACAUCGUCAUCUGUACUGCGACAAGAGAAGAACAGAGUUCUUCACACUAUUUUCUUAUUGUUUUAUCCUUGCUUGUCUGAAAUAACCUAAAGGUUUCCUUCCCAAACAUAUUCUGUAUUCUGGAAUAGUUCAAAUUCUCCUUUCCCGCAGCCAAACUUUCUUAAUAUCUUGAAGGUCUUUUACAGCUCUUUUUCACAAACAGCCCGCUUUUAAGGUGCUCCUGACUGUUAAUCAGGAAACGGGCCAGCCUUGAGCUGGUAACAAUCAAUAUAUAUGGAGUGCUAGGGAUAAAAUGGGCGUAUGAGCGUCUUCUUCUCCUUGGAUGAUGAUGAUGAUGUUCUGUGCUCGCCAACAUUGCGGCAGCUGAUUUGCCACAUUUGUCGUUCUAGAAAUCCCAACUAGAUGUUAAGAUGACAUCUCAGGUCCAGAUUGAAAGGUUUUCUGUAUAUGGAUUAAAGUUUUGCUUUAAUAUUUCA